AUGUUGAAGCAACGUGUUAUGAAGGUGAGGAAUGCCCUGGUGCGAGAGUGCUUGGCUGAGUUCUUGGGAACAUUUGUGUUGCUGCUUUUUGGCUGCGCUGCUGCAGCCCAGGUGAAGACAAGCAGAGAGACCAAAGGCCAGUUCCUGUCAGUUAACAUGGCCUUCUCUGUGGGUGUGAUGUCAGCUAUGUACCUCACCAAGGGUAUCUCAGGUGCUCAUCUGAACCCAGCGGUGACUCUGAGCUUCUGUGUGUUAGGCCAAGUGCCCUGGGGAAGUCUGUUGCCCUACUGCCUCUCCCAGAUGCUUGGGGCGUACAUGGCGUCAGGGCUUGUCUACCUGGUCUACUAUGAUGCUAUAAUGGAGUUUAGUGGAGGACUACUGACUGUGUACGGCCCAAACGAGACAGCGUCUAUUUUUGCCACAUACCCCUCAGAGUACAUGACUUUGAGCAGAAGUUUCCUUGACCAAGUAGUGGGCACCGGCAUGCUGAUGUUGUGCAUCCUGUGUUUGGGUGAAAAGAGGAAUACUCCGGCUCCCUCUGAUCUGCUUCCUCCUAUAGUGGCAGUGAUCGUCUUGGGGAUUUCCAUGUCAAUGUCAGCUAACUGUGGUGGUGCAAUAAAUCCUGCUCGGGACCUGGGGCCACGCCUCUUUACACUGACGGCAGGCUGGGGCACUGAGGUUUUCACGUGUUACAACUACUGGUUCUGGGUACCCGUGGUGGCCCCACUUAUUGGGGGUGUUAUAGGUACUUUCAUGUAUUUGGUCUUCAUCCACUGGCACCUGCCUGACCCAGACCUCCCUGAGAGCCUCUCCACUCUCUCCACCAUCAGUGACAAAAUAAAGCAGCCCAGCACCACGUGGGACAACGGAGUAGAGUUAAAGGCUGCAAAUUUUUAA